AUGGCAGAAAAGGAAUCGCCCUAUGACGAGUUCUCAGGGCUUAAGUUCAUCGAAGAGCUACUCCGUGACGGUGACGAAGACCCGGGACACAGCUGGCCGUCCAGUAGAGGGUCUCCAGGAGGUGCCGGCAACGCGAAGAACGGUGUUUCGGACGGCGCAACGAUGUGCCGGGUGUUGUCACAGGGGUGUUCUUGCGGGGAUCCCAGGGAUUGCAGCUUGACAGACAUCCUGCAAGAGGACGGCAGUCAGAUCAGCGUGGCUACCGGAGGAAAGUUUCCGUGCCUCCACAUCGCCAUCAGUGGGCUGCUGGAGGACCGGAGGUACCUGCUAGCAUUGGACUUCUGCGAGAUGUUCACUGACAGGGACCAGAGGUUUCUAACAUUUACUGAGCCGUACUACAUGCCGCGUCCGAACCACCUGGAGGGCCGGGACUGGAUGAAGAGAGUUCUCUACUUCAAUCUCACGUCCAUAGUCAACGGAGGACUUCAAGAAAGCGGGAUGACCCUGACAUCCAACUGUGAGUACCUACCUACGCUGAGGAUCAUGGGAUCUGGACAUGGCGCAGCACUCUCUAGUUCUCCCGUUGUUCGCUUCGCUCUGAAGAAAAGCGAGCUCCUGGCGGUUUCUCUCAAGAGCGCAGUACCAAACAGCAUGAGGGCCUCGGCCAGGCAGUUCCUUCUUGUUAGACGAUACGUGAUGAAAAGGUAA